UGUACAGCUUUUUAAAAGUAAAACAAAUUAUUGGUGACAAUUUAUCUUGUGUGGAUUUAACCAAUGACCAACGGAAAAGUGACACUAAUUUACUACACAUCGGCAAGUGCCAGUGAUUAGCGGAGGAUUUAAACGUGGGAGGACAGACGCCGCCAAAGCUGGAACCCCACCACGUGUUAUGAAACUGCUCUCGACUACACAGCUACCUCAGUUACCGCCGGUAUCUGCUGGUGGCGGUAUGACAGGUAUGGAGUCCCGCCUUCCCCCGGGCAUAACGCUUCCCUUCAGCCCGAGCGAUCUAUUGUGGCGUUACGGACCAAUGAGCUUCCCGCCGAGUGCACAUCCACCACCGAGUCCUCUACUCGACUUCAAAACUCACCUGCCGACCAGCCUAGCGUCGGAUCCGCGAAUAUGGUCCCGGGAGGACGUCGCCGCAUUUCUACGCUGGGCCGAGCGUGAAUUCGAUCUUCCCCAAUUUGACAUGGAAAUGUUCCAAAUGAACGGCAAGGCUCUAUGCUUGCUGACCAAGUCGGAUUUCGGUGAACGUUGCCCCGGGGCGGGUGACCUCCUCCACAACGUACUGACGAUGCUCGCCCGGGACUUCAAUCAGCUACAGAGAUGCCUACCGAGCAGCCCGGUCACACCAACGAGACCCUCGGCCUAUCCCCUCAGUCCGCACUCCCACCCUCCGACGCCUACGUGGGUCGAGAAUCCCUACGCGGCUAAUCUUGCCUCCCUAAUGUCCGCCAAUUCCGUAACCCUAUCACCGGCACCAUCCGUCGACAGCCAGGCCGGUUCUCCCGGCCACGCCGAGCCCCAGACACAAGUUUACAAGAGCGACUCGGACGAGGACAACCAGACGGGGGGGAGCAACAGUCCACCGGCGACGCCGACCGCCCUGGCGACUCAGAGAUUGAGCGAGGUAUGCUUCAAGGACCAGCCCAGCCCCACCUUCACGUCUCAAAUGAUGCACGUCACACCGGGGACCUUUAGGCCAGCCGGGACACCCAGGGAAUUCUUUCCGAACGAUGCGCCUGAACCGAACACGAACGGUCGACUUCUCUGGGAUUUUCUACAACAACUGUUGAACGACCCUUCCCAAAGAUACACCCAUUACAUUGCGUGGAAAAGCCGGGAAACAGGGGUUUUCAAAAUCGUCGAUCCGCCAGGGCUGGCGCGUCUAUGGGGCAUCCAGAAGAAUCAUCUGUCGAUGAACUACGACAAGAUGAGCAGAGCCCUGCGUUACUACUACAGAGUAAACAUUCUUAGGAAGGUUCAGGGUGAACGUCAUUGCUAUCAGUUUCUCCGAAAUCCUACAGAACUGAGAAACAUUAAGAAUAUUUCUUUGUUGCGCCAACAAAUGCGGAUAAAAUCGGAGCCCGAGGAUGCCGACUGCAAUGUAACGCCGGUAGAAGAACUGCCCACAGAUCUUUCAAUGUCGAGUAUGAAUCAACUCACAGAACCCUUGCCGCUUGUGGUACAAGGAAUGCUGACGGAACCCGAUAACCAUAGAAAAGCGAAAGAAGAACCCUUACCGCUCCAUGACCCUCCCCCGAAAUACAGAAGCCACGCUUACAAUCUCGUUAAAACCAACCAGGAACCGGACGAACGGAAGUGACGCGAGAUCUAGCAUCGAGAAACUUUACGUGAAUGCUCAAUAGGGUGCAAUAGUUUAGUGGAAAUUGGCAAAUUGCACCAGGACUCAUCUGUCUUGUGUGCAGAAAUAUUGUGGGUCGAACCAAUCGAGGAGUCGAGACUGAUGACGCGUUGAUAUAUCACUAUGGUUAUAUUACACGCCGAUGCGUAUACAACCGCAUAUGCAAUGUCCUAUUGUACAUAUGCCUCUGCCUGGGACGUGCAAACGGUGCAGACGUCCGUGCAACCGUUACUACUCGUCUGUUCGCGAUAGCCACACUGGGUCAUAUCGUGCAAAUCCACCGUGAGGCGUUGUAGUAUACAACGUGGGAUUCUAGCGUAAGCGUUCGAGGCACCAAGAUUCGUGGCUGUUCGUAGUACUAGUUGUGUGGAAAAUUUACGGUGAUUGACACGUUCAGUUAAACUGCUGCAAAUCGUGACAGACGACGUUACAGCUGCCAGUGUGGAGCUUCUUAUGAGAAUCGUUAGCACGAAAUGACCCGGUAUGAAUUUGUAUAUAUGUGCCUCGAUUUACGGGUGUCGCCGAUAUUGUAGAUAAGGAAUGAAGUCGAGACGAAAAGAUGUUGCCAUCUCAACACGACGAUGUAAAAUCACAACUUGUCUCACAUACUGCAAAAUCAACAUUGCAGCAUUCAGAGGAUAAUAUAGAAAGAAAAUGGAAAA